AUGUUACAAUCACCAGAAGUGGCUCUUGAUGAGUAUGCUGUUUCAUCUGAGCAUGGUUUCCUUCCCGAUGGCCUGCCUCUGCCGGCGCUCAAUCAACCCUACUAUGCACCCUGGGAGACUCUGGCGUAUCGACUUCCAAGUCUCAUCCAGACAGGCCAAAUUCGAUACUUGAUUAAUGACCUUCCCAUUCUUUCUCCCUCAUGGCUGCAGACUGAGGCAGAGUGGCGUCGGGCUUAUGUCGUCCUCGGGUUCCUCACCCAUGCCUAUAUCUGGGGAGGAGAGAAACCGCGCGAUAAGAAGAAUCUCAUAGCAAUAAAUCCACAGGUCCUACCAUCAUCCAUCUCAAAGCCCUUCCUGGAGGUUUCAUCCCACCUCGAACUGCCUCCCUGCGCCACCUAUGCAGGCCUCACUUUGUGGAACUUCACUACCACCCACCCGGAAGCAGACAUCACCAACCCAGACAACCUGACCCUCCUCACCUCGUUUACUGGCACGAAAGAUGAAGACUGGUUCAUCGCUAUCUCCGUCACCAUUGAAGCCAAGGGCGCCAAGCUCGUCCCCUUGAUGCUUGAUGCUAUCGCCGCCGUCACGGCCAGUGACAUUCCGCGCCUAACUGCGCUGCUAUGUCAGUUUACCGACAGACUCCAGGACCUCAAUGACACUCUCAAGAGGAUGUAUGAAAAAUGUGCGCCGGCGGUGUUCUUCCACCAGCUGCGCCCCUUCUUGGCCGGUAGCAAAAACAUGACCACGGCGGGGCUGCCAUAUGGCGUGUUCUAUGAUGUGGGAGAUGGCCAGGGCGAGUGGCAUCAGUACAGUGGAGGCAGCAAUGCACAGAGCUCUUUGAUUCAGACAUUUGAUAUCUUCCUUGGAGUCAAUCACUCUGCCACUGGUGAGAUCAGACCACCGGGGACGGGAUAUAUCCAGGAAAUGCGCAACUACAUGCCCGCUCCUCACAGACGCUUCCUCGAAACCUUCUCUGCUCUAUCCAACAUCCGGCCCUACAUUCUGUCUUCGCAGGCCGAAUCCCCCGCCAAAGAAGCAUACAACGCAGCCGUGUUGACCCUCAGCUCUUUCCGUGAUACUCAUAUCCAGAUCGUCUCCCGGUACAUCAUCAUGCCGUCCAGGACUCGCGCGCCGGUCGAACUCGACCAGGCGGCACAGGCCCAUCGGGUUAACCUUACGACGGCCAGUUCUCAGGUCAAGGACUUGGGUGAAAUGAAUCGUACUGGGCUUUAUGGGACGGGGGGACGAGCUUGA